CCUUUGUCAAAGAGUCUUUAAGUUUAGUGUCGUCGUUUUAGUUUAUGUCUCUGUUAUCUUUGCUUACAGAAUGGAAACAGCAAAUCCAUUAAUAAGAGAAUUAACAACGAAAGUAAAGCAAGCAUCUUUACUAUGGCUUGAGGGUUUUAGAGAAGCUUGUUGCCUACAUAGAGUUGUAAUUCUCUGUUACAGGUCGAGAAAGCUUUUGAUUAGAACAGGACAAUGCUUUCUCUUAAAUGGUUUCAUCUUCUUAGGAAGUAUGUUUGUGUUAAACUCAGUUGUCAUUCCAACAUUACAAUGGAUACUACCUGACCGGCAUUCAGAUAUUAGUUCUCAAGAAUCAUUGACAUCUGGCAGUAUUUUAAAACUUUAUUCCUUCUUACGCCUCGGACUCAUACAACUCUUUUAUGUCUUUUGGUUCUACCCAUUAUAUCUCUUCAGCUUUAUACUGAGUAAUAUUUGGUACAAUGAAAUUUCUAAGUACGGUUUUUCUGCAAUGGGGAAAAAUGAGCAAAACAUAUUGGAAUUCUCAAGCCAGAAUGAGGCAACAACAACCUCAGAAAGCAAAGUUCCAACCGAAAAGCCUGCCGGUCUAGGGGGGGUUAUGAUUGGAAUUGGAGAGCAGGUGUACUCAAUACUGCUUCUCAGCUUCUUCUUUCUAGAGGUUUAUGCUACUGGAUUUAUACCAUUUAUGGGGAAGGCAGUUAAUUUUAUUCUUCUUUCCUGGAUGUAUGCUUACUACUGUUUUGAGUACAAGUGGAAUUUAUCUGAAGUUGCUUUGGACAGACGGCUGGACUUCUUUGAAUCUAACUGGGCAUUCUUUGCUGGUUUUGGAAGCCCCUGUGUUCUUGCCAUUUUCUUCUUCUCUCCUCUUAUAAGCUAUGGCGUCAUGGCUAUUCUUUUUCCACUGUUUGUUUUGACUGCUACAGGAUCACGGGCCGAGCAACUUAUUUUCACCCAAAGAAGAAAAUGGAAAGGUGUUGGAUUGGGAAGGCUUCCAAUAUUUUAUGCAGCGGAUACAUUGUCGUGGAUGAUGCGGAUAUUGUCUCUCGUCCACUUGGAAUCUCAAGAACAAAUGCAAGACAAUAAGGCGUUAUAAAUUCUAACUUGAUUCUCAUACAAUUUAUUCUCGCAUGUUACAAAGCAGUUCAUCUACACAAAGUUGCUCAACAUUGUAUAGAAGUCAAGGUAAAGCGUAUAUACAUUGUGUAGGUAGAAAUUAAUUGUCACUUCUUCAUUUGUUAUGUAUAAAUAUGUCAUUAAUUAUGGAAGGGAAGUAUGUACAGCCAUUGUAUCAUGAAAUUUAUAAAAUUUGGAUUUGUUUGCUGGUCCUAUUUUUCUGGGAAACUGUCUGUUGAGAAAAUGUCUCCAAAAAUGUGACAGUAAACUGUAAAGUUGCAAGGAAUAUUGCUUUAGUAACUAAGAACUCUCAUUAUUGAGUCUCUCAUUCUUUCUCAUACUCAAAAGAGUUCAGACCGUUGCUUUAUUCUUCUUGUCAUAUACUUUAUUUAACCCUUUUCUUCUCUUUCUAAAUAUAUCAUAAAAUGUUGGAAUGGUGAGAAUUAAGACAACCCAGAAGUGUAACAACGUCUGCAUGGAGAAAUUAUACAGUGCAGUAGAUAGUGCAGAAUUCUAGAGUUUAUCUCCAACGUAAGGACACGCAGGAAGAAGGAAAUUGGCAUGCCCGACCUUUACUUCAGCUAAACCUGGGACUUAACUGUUAUCGAACUUCUAGUGGUUUUAUAUAUUUUUAUAUAAGAAAGACCUGUGAUUUUACUUAUACCUUGUGUUUCCUCCCAUGGCCGAGAUGAUUUUGUAAGGAUAUUUAGAGAUUGUCAUUAGGCUUACUACGGGCAUUAAUAGCUACUUGCAUUACCUGUGCCUUAGUGCUGGGUCGUGACAAAGUUGGUACAUUAGAGAAUGACAACCAAUUGUGAGCCUGCACAUAGUUUUCUAGCCUUUAUAAACUGACAUGUUUAUUUUCUUUUUGUUUAUAGAGGGUAAAAGACUAUUGUAAGCUCAUAAUUGAUUUGCCAGUCGGAAUUAGGGUUCAAUGGUGUAAAACUUUUCCCUCUUCAAGCUCUAGAGCCUGCCAGUACUGAUUUUUUUAUA